AUGGCGGGUAUCGUAUCAACCACCAAACACAAGCGGGUCUUCCUCCUUACGCAUCCGCGAACGGCUUCAAAUCUGCUGGUCCGCAUCCUGAACUUGGAGAACCAACCUGCUCUAGGUCGACCAGAUGACGGAGCUGGACGGAAUGCCCAGUUUGAGUAUUUUUUCGUGUCAACUGUGCCACUUCGCAUCAAGCUCGCCGACCAGCCUUCAUUGUCCUGGUCGGAGGACGAACGUACAGAAGCAAUGCAGCGUCUUCAAGCAUCGGCAGAUGGACUGUUGAGACACCUUGAAGAAGCGGAAGCGGGAGGGAGGAGUGUCUUUGUGAAAGAGCAUCUUCUGUGGAUGCUUUCUCCGCAAGCAGAAGACUUGGUAAAGCGCAGUGGCAACUUGGAGAGCCGGUUCUGGAAAGUAAAAGUCCCCGGAGGAACGCCCGUUCAGGGAGGCUCCAAAGCUGCAUCCUACGUUUCAAAUCACAGGCAAGCCGGCGUGCAGGACAAGGAGGCCACGGUCAUCGAGAACCAGACUGUCUUUCCUGAUAGCUUUCUCCGUACCUGGACACCAACUUUCCUGAUCCGGCAUCCGGCAUUGGUAUUUCCGUCCCUCUACAGGACCUCUGUAGACCUAGAAGGCCGCGACGAAGCCAGGAAUAACGCUGGUGGAAUGUUCCGAAUAGAGAUGACAUGGCGAUGGAGUCGUCAGCUAUGGGAGUGGUACAACAAGGAGUGGCAGGAGGGAAACACAACAUUGCGUCCCAUCAUUCUGGAUGCGGACGACAUCAUUCUCGAGCCACAGAUCAUCACCACAUACUGCAAGCUAGUGGGGCUCGACGCAGAGAAGUGCCGAUUUGAAUGGGAGCGCGCCGGCGCCGAGGAAGAAGCAAGUAUGAAUUUCAUGGAGAGGAAGAUGAAGUCAAGCCUGCUGUCGUCAGCUGGUAUCAUCCGAGAUGGCAAGGUUGCAGCAGGCUUAGAUAUGAGGCAGGAAGUGCGGAAAUGGAGCCAGGAGUUCGGAGAAGAAGAGGCACGGAAGAUUGAGGCUUGGGUCACAGCGGCAAUGCUAGACUACGAGUUUUUGUGGGAAAGACGGUUAAGAGUCUGA